GUCAACGACGAAAUAGGAAUACUUGUGUGAUACGUAUCAAUUAUUACAAAUGCAUGAGACUCUACUGAAACUAAAACUUCAGGCACUGCAAGCGGAAAUCACCAAAGAAAAAAGGGCUAAAUGACCGCGAAAGAUAUAAACCUUGGUGAAACUUCUCAGCAGGAGGAAUCCAAAGCAGAACCAUCAAAUUCAAACUCGACAUUAGAAGAUGGAUCAACAACUGAUGAGGUUAGCCAAAUUUGUGAAGCACUGGACUCUUACUAUGCGGCCUCAUUCAAUAGGGAUAUCAAGCUCUCGAGUACUCCCGUGAGCCUGAGUGAUGUUCAAAGGAGUAUACUCACCAUAAAACUGUCAAUUCAGCCAGGACCCGAUGGUAUUCCUCCAGCUGUCAUUAAGUAUGGAGGCAAAAGCAUACCUCUGGUCAUAUUAAACGUCUUCACAUUAACCUUAAACAGGGGAUAAUUCCCUCCACAGCGGAAACUCUCAAUGAUAGUACUACAAGUCAAUGGUAUCUCCCAAUCUGCGACGAAGAAUUAUCGCCCUGUUAAUCAUACUGCGGCAGCUCCAAAGACACUGGAUCGAAUUGUCAAAAAGGCUCUUGUUCAAUUCUUAACAACAUUGGACAUGAGAAACAGCGCACAACACGGCUUUUUCAAAAAGUGAUCCUGUUUAACCUGUCUAAUAUAAGUCUUCGACCGCAUAACAUCGGUUGCUGUGAGUGGC